CAUACUGCCCAGCACCGCUGCUGUGAUUCCCUGACAGACAAGUCCACGGCCUAGUAUAUCGUUGCUACUAGACAAUGUUUGAGAAUUGACCAUUGGGCACAAGCAUUUGCAGUCACCCCGUUUAACCCGUGCCGCCAUUGACCUCGGCGGUGUCAAGUUGGCUUCAACCCAAGAUAACGCCGUCGUUCAUUUGAGACCAGCACAAUGAGUUACAUUAAGAAGGAUGAGGAUGCGGACCAAACGAUGAUUAAGCUGGAUAGGACCACGGUGUUUCAAGAUGCACGAUUAUUCAAUUCCUCCCCCAUAUCCCCCCGAAAAUGCCGGACUCUUUUAACGAAGAUUGCGGUCUUACUCUUUACGGGGGAGAAAUUCCCGACGGACGAGGCGACGACUCUUUUCUUCGGAAUCUCGAAGUUGUUCCAAAACAAAGAUCCGUCUCUCCGGCAGAUGGUCUAUCUCAUAUUGAAGGAAUUGGCAAACACCGCUCAAGACGUUAUUAUGUCAACCUCUAUAAUUAUGAAGGAUACCACGGUGGGGAGUGAUGUCGUUUACAGAGCCAACUCCAUUCGCGCCCUGUGUCGUAUUAUAGACGCCACCACCGUUCAAGGCAUCGAACGACUUAUAAAGACUGCCAUUGUCGAUAAGAACCCUUCGGUUUCAUCAGCCGCGCUCGUAUCUUCGUAUCAUCUGCUCCCGAUUGCCAAGGACGUUGUGAGAAGGUGGCAGAGCGAGACACAAGAAGCCGCUGCGGGCGGGAAACAGUCGUCAGGCUUCCUCGGAUUCUCGAGCAGUAGUCACCAUCCCCCGGCAAUAUCGCAAACGAAUCAUAUGACCCAAUAUCAUGCAAUCGGAUUGUUGUACAAUAUGCGGGCACAUGACAAAAUGGCUUUGGUCAAAAUGGUUCAGCAAUACGGUGCUGCAGGAGCCGUGAAGAGCCCGGCUGCUCUUGUAUUGCUGGUGAGAUUGGCGGCGAAGCUAGCCGCAGAUGAUCAAAGUUUGCGAAAACCAAUGAUGCAGAUGUUGGAGGGCUGGUUAAAGCAUAAGCACGAAAUGGUCAACUUUGAGGCCGCGAGGGCAAUUUGCGACAUGCGAGAUGUCACAGACGCGGAAGCGGCUCAAGCUGUGCAUAUUUUACAACUCUUCUUGUCCUCACCGCGGACCACCAGCAGAUUCGCUGCUAUUCGAAUCCUCCACAGCUUCGCUUCGUUCAAGCCACACAUUGUUAACACUUGCAAUCAGGACAUCGAGUCCUUGAUUUCGAAUCCCAACAGAUCAAUCGCGACGUUCGCUAUCACGACACUCCUUAAGACUGGCAACGAAGCUAGCGUUGACCGUUUGAUGUCUCAAAUUUCCGGUUUCAUGGCCGAUAUCACGGAUGAAUUCAAGAUUACGGUCGUUGAAGCGAUUCGAACUCUUUGCUUGAAAUUCCCUAACAAACAAGCUGGCAUGCUUACGUUCCUCAGCGGAAUCCUCAGAGACGAGGGCGGUUACGAGUUUAAAAGAAGCGUGGUAGAAAGCAUGUUUGACCUUAUCAAAUUCGUCCCAGGGAGUAAAGAAGAUGCUCUGGCACACCUUUGCGAGUUCAUCGAAGACUGUGAAUUCACUAAACUAGCGGUCAGGAUUUUACAUCUUUUGGGAAUCGAAGGCCCUAAAACAUCGCAUCCUACGAAAUAUAUUCGCUACAUUUACAACAGGGUUGUCCUCGAAAAUGCCGCUGUCCGUGCGGCUGCUGUCACAGCGCUUGCCAAGUUUGGCGUUGGCCAGAAAGAUCCUGAACUGAGACGAAGCGUUUAUGUGCUUCUCAGACGCUGCUUGGAUGAUGUUGAUGAUGAAGUCCGUGACCGUGCAGCCCUGAACUUAAGACUAAUACAGUCUGAAGACAGUAUGGCUGAACGGUUCAUUAAGAACGAGAACAUGUUCGCACUAGCCACAUUUGAGCAUCAACUCGUGAUGUAUGUCACAGCUACAGACAAGGGUACCUUUUCUACAGCUUUCGAUAUGUCCAAGGUCCCAGUUGUCUCCCAUGAGCAAGCAUUAGCAGAGGAAAGAACCAAGAAAUUAACUUCCGCUACUCCCACCAUCCGAGCUCCAUCCACGGGCCCUGACCGCGCCAAACAAAAUGGCGCUGCUGAUAGCGCAAAAGCUGCUGCUGCUGCUACAGAAAAAUAUUCCGAGCAACUUAUGCAAAUUCCCGAGCUCAAAGCCUAUGGAGCGCUCCUCAAAUCCUCGCCUCCUGUUGAACUCACCGAGAGGGAAACAGAGUAUGUUGUCACUGCCGUCAAACAUAUCUUUAAGGAACAUAUUGUUUUGCAGUAUGACAUCAUGAAUACCCUGCCCGACACGGUACUUGAGGAUGUCUCCGUUAUAGCCACUCCUUCGGAGGAUGAGGAGGUCCUAGAAGAAGAUUUCAUUGUUCCGACACCAAAGCUGAUGACAAACGAGCCUGGCAUUGUAUACGUCGCAUUCAAAAAAGUUGACGAUGACACUAGCUUCGCAGUUACCUCUUUUACCAACGUGUUAAAGUUCACGAGUAAGGAAAUCGACCCAACGACCGGUGAACCUGAGGAAACGGGCUACGAGGAUGAGUACCAGGUUGAGGAUCUCGAUCUUGUGGGUAGCGACUAUGUUAUCCCUGCAUUCUCGGGCAGUUUCGACAGCAUAUGGGACGAGCUAGCCACCGAUGGCGAAGAGUCCAGCGAGACUUUACAGCUCUCAAACAUGAAGGGUAUUCAAGAUGCCACCGAACAACUUAUCGCUGCUUUGUGCCUCCAACCUCUCGAGGGCUGUGAGGUCGUGCUGAGCAAUAGCACUCACACACUAAAAUUAUACGGUAACUCAAUAACGGGAGGCAAAGUCGCUGCACUCGUUCGCUUGGCGUAUACUUCGAGGACCGGUGUAACGACUAAAGUGACAGUACGAUCCGAGGAAGAAGGUGUAUCUUCGAUUGUUGUUGCGUCUGUUGCGUAAAUUCUAGCGUCUUUCCAAUGAAUGUAUCCCUUUUUCCCCCAUCUAGACUUUUAAUGCAGGUGAACGACUAUGGGUUAUA